CUACCCAUUAAUUUUUCUUAUCUGUAUCCAAGAAAAUGUCUCUGAAGAGCAUGAAAAGAUGGUGAUCAAGAACUAAAUGAAGCAUUCUUUGUCUGAAAGAUUAUAAAGAAGCAACUGAUAUUAACUAAAAAAACCUAUAUAAUACAUUCCUACCGUUAUUGAUUGAGACUAUUAAAGAACAUUGGAAUAGCCCAAAAUAAUUAAUAUGCUGUGCUAAGAGUUUACUGAGAAAUGGAGAACAUAUCUGAGCCAAAAGUGUUCGCAAAUACAGUCAUAUUGCAGAGUGAGGGAUUACUAAAGUAUAUAUUGGAGACUGGCGUUUAUCCACGAGAAGCAGAGACCCUCAAAGAGCUAAGAAAUGAAACUGCAAAGCAUCCCAUGGGUUUCAUGGGUGCUGCACCUGAUGCGGGUCAGCUAAUGGCCAUGCUCUUGAAGGUUUCGAAUGCUAAAAAGACAAUAGAAGUUGGAGUUUUUACUGGAUACUCUCUUCUCCUCACUGCACUCACAAUUCCAGAUGAUGGAAAAAUUAUAGCGAUGGAUCCAAACAGAAAAGCAUAUGAGAUAGGGCUACCAUUCAUUAAAAGGGCUGGUGUUGAACACAAGAUCGACUUCAUAGAGUCUCCAGCUUUACCAGUUCUUGAUAAGCUCUUAGAAGAUGCUGGAAAUGAGGGGAGUUUUGACUUUGCAUUCAUUGAUGCUGACAAAAAGAAUUACUGGAAUUACCACGAGAGAGUUAUGAGAUUGGUGAAGAUUGGUGGAAUAGUUGCAUAUGAUAACGCAUUGUGGGGAGGAACUGUUGCCUUGCCUGAAAAGGCAGUUUCGAAGGAUAAACAAGAGUGGAGACUAUUAUCACUAGCUUUCAACGAAGCAAUUUCAAAGGAUUGUCGUGUUGAAAUUGCUUUUGUUUCAAUCGGUGAUGGAGUCAUUAUCUGCAGGCGUAUUGCUUGAUUCUCGUCUCAAGCAAUACGAGGUAUUUAUAAAGUGAUGUAUAACUUUCAAGUAGACUUGUAAUACAAAUACUAAAUAUAUAAAUAUCAAAAAUAAUGUUUAACUAGUUA